AUGAUCAAGAAUGAAUACAACUAUAAUAGACUAAAGUACUUUACACUUAUAUCAACCAAGUUGAUACCAACAGGUAUCAAGAGACUCGUCCAUUCUAGAGUCAACGCUGCUACAAAUAAGUCACUUUUACUCAGUGACAUUCUCGAAAUAAUUGGCCCUCAUAUCUUAGUCACAGAUCCUCGCGACAGAAUCUAUGGGCUGCUCGGACUUGCAGCCAGCUGCGAUAUCAUACCAGACUACACAUUAUCGAAAACUCAGGUCUACACUCAAGCUGCGAAGCACCUCCUUAGUAGUGGCAAUUUUAAUUAUCUGGGCGUCUUCAGCGGAGGGGAAGAUAGCUCCAGCAAUAAUUCACAGUCCUGGGCCACAGAUUUUGACAUCAUAGCAAAGCAUUCUUUCGGGGUUAGGCCACUUACAAUAUACGACAACGAUGUAUGUUGUUACAAAGCUGCGACCGAUCUGACCCCAGAUUUGAGAUUUCAUGACAAUGAUCGUGUUAUGAGCGUCAGAGGUGUGCUAGUAGGUGAUGUCGACACAUGCGGUCAAGUUAUGGACGCAGAUAUGCACUCGCAUUUCGAAAUUCUAAGUCAGUGGGAAGAUAUUAUGGUACGAAGAUUCCGAUGCGAUCACCUAGCCACAUCUGCAUCAGCCAACUCUGGUACAAUAAUGGACGUGUGGGAUUCCUGGAAGACAAGAAUCUGCAGCGCGAAUGUCUCAUGGCAUGAGAAUUGGGGACCGAUCAGCGAUAAAACUUUAGGUGGAUGGAGGGGUACUUUGACCGAAGCAUAUUGUCGCACCUUGCUAAUGAAUAAGAUUCUAUCCGAGUCAGAUACCCUUGAAAGGUUCUACGACGAUCAUGUUCCCGUACGGGAUGAAGACAUGUGCAGGCCAACACCAACAGAAUUCAAACGAACAUCUAUGCUUCGUGAAAGCAGAAUGUUCGACAAGUAUCUCAAAGAAGUGACCAAAAACCGAAGGCUCUUUGUCACUUCAAAAGGAUAUAUUGGGUUGGGCCACCAACGGGCAGAGAAGGGUGAUAGACUGUGCAUUUUUAAUGGAUCACCUGUGCCUUAUAUUUUGAGACAACAUGGUGAUUAUUGGAUUUUGGUUGGCCAAUGUUACGCACAUGGUCUUGUGACAGGAGAGAUUGGAGAAGCUUUGGAGCGUGGGGAAGCGACCUCCCAAAUAUUUGAGAUUAGAUGA